AUGAUUAUAUGGUGUCUAAAGGUUCUAUUUCCUUUAUCCCAGCUUGUAUUAGGUCUUCUCAGGGAGAAGUUUUUUCACAAGCGGAAAAGUGAAAUACACCAUUUUAUAACUUCUUCUGUCACGCUAUUAUUAUUGGCUAUGAACUGUAUUUUGGGAUGGAAAUGCUUGGCAUUGAGUUGUGCAAUUCAUUUUAUCGCAAAUAAAUUUGUUAUUACCGGGAUUGCUGGGGGAAUGGGUUCUGGUAAAUCUACUUUGGGUGAUUUUUUAUCCACUCAUGGUUGGACAGUUAUAGAUUCGGAUAAGGUGGCAAAAUCUGUUUUAGACAUAGGUACAAAUGAAUAUUGGCGGGUUUGCAACUUUUUUGGCCCUCAAAUAGUUCAAAGUGAUGGUCAAAUCAAUCGGGGACUCCUUAGGAAGAGAGUUUUUGACAACCCAUUGGAACUAAAAUUUCUUACUGAGAUAAUGCGUUGGAGUAUUGUGAAGAAGAUUUUUUGGCAAAUCUUUAAGUAUCGCAUUUUAUUCCUAAAAACACGCGUGGCCAUUGAAUCGCCCAUCCUCUUUGAUACACCCCUUAAACUAAUUACCAGUCCAAUUGUAUUAAUUAACGCACCAAUUGAACUUCGAAUUAGUAGGUGUGCGGAAAGAGAUAAAUAUUCAACUGUUGAAACUAUCAGGAAGAUUUUGAAGUGUCAACAGGACCCAAUAAAUUUGGUGCCAUUGGCCGAUGUUGUCAUUGAUAAUGACAGAUCUAAGGAAGAUUUUUUGAAUAAAUCUUCUGAAAUUUUUAAGCUUUGA